GCAUGCAGGGGCAGAUGAAAAGGUUACCCGACUGCACUAUUUCAGGGAGCUCGCCGCCGUGCAGUUGAGGACCCUGGGUUUGAUAGAGCUUGCGCAAGCCUCCUACUAUGAGGGGCACAUAAAGUUGGCAGGCUUUGUGGAAGGGCUUGGAAAGGAUGAAGGAUAUUUGAGCUUCCGAGCCACUGGCACUCAGUCAGACCACAUGACGGAGCUCCUGUCCGACCCUCAGAAGCGCAUCUUUCAGCUGCAUGUCUGUGAGCCUGGUUGUGGACGAAAGGAGUCAGGCCCGGAUGUCAUCCAUGCGGCUGGAUAUUGGCUGGUUGAAGACGAGAGGAAACCGUGGCAAACUAUGUACGAGGAGGAGGACAAGAAGCCGCAGGCAGAGGAUGAGAUGAGCAAGCUUCGAACAAUGCAUGAGGAGCGAAAGAAGAAGGAGAUAAGGGAGGAGACGCCUCCCAGUGAGGAGAGUGAAAAGAAGGCAAAGAAAAAGAAGAAGAAGGCAAAGGAGAAGGAGAAGAAGGUGAACGCAAGAUUGAAGCUGCUGAAAAGGGCGCGAAGGUUCAGCAGUAAGGGCUCCAAGAAGAGGAAGCAAUCAAGUGAUGAAGAAGGCAGCAGCUCGUCCUCCUCUGGUGACAGUGACGAUGAAGAGCUGGAGGAGGGGCUGUUUGAGGAGCGAAAGAAGGCUUUGCGGCUGACGAGGCGCUUCCCUGGCAGCUUGGCAUGUCAAACGAUUGGCAGCAUGAAGGAAGCCAUGCUGACGUCCGAACUACAAGGACUAUGUGGGCCCUCGAUGUGUCAGGAGCUGUUGACAUUAUGCCAGGGCGCUGACCUGUUGCUCCAAGGGCAUGUGGCUCGCACUGUGGACCUGCUGGCCCAGCGGGUGAAGGCGCUGGAGCAGCAAGCUCGUGGAGGGCACUGGUCCGUAGCCCGCCAGCUUGAGCUGGUUUCGGCUGAUGCGGCGGGCCUAAGUCAGGGACCUGAAUCAGCGGAGGCAGAGCUACGCAAUAGGCUAGCCUCCCAGAGACCCUAUGGAUCUGCCGGGCGAGAUCGAGGUUUGGAGAUGGCAGAGGCACAGAGGAGGCUGGAUGAGGUUGAAGCUGAGGAGAUGCAUGUUGAGGCUGGAGACAAAGAGGAAGCAAAGGCAAUAGACUGGUUGUUGGAGGAUUGUCGAAAGAAGGGCUUGAGGCAGAGAGAGGACGUGAGCAAGAGGCAGCGGAUUGGCACAGCGCCAUAUGAGGUUUUGACAAGGGAGCCGCAGGGCUCCCAGUGCGAUGUCGUAGGACACGUUGCAUUGGGCACGCCUGAAGGCGGUGAGUUGACGUUGGUUGAAGAGGAUUUCUCCAAAAGGGAGCGGGCCUCCCAGCGCUCAG